UGAUUAUAAGAAUUUUGGGGAAAAAAUGAAACAAAAUGGCUAUGUUGGUGCAUUUAAAAAUUCAGACAUAGCUUAUCAACAGCGCGUACGAAGGAACGCCGUGGGAUACGAAAGGCGAAGUCGGAUUAAAACUAAGUGCUUACUGUCAGUAUAUAGCUUAUCACGUGAAAUAUACCGUCGUAUUGAUUCUACAUAUCCUAUAAUGGGAAGCAUUACGUUUGAUGGUGACGUAGGCAUUACGUCAUCAACCUCUACGUCAUUGGAUCUAACUCGAAGGCGACAACGGUUGGUUCGGCUGAGGGAGCAGUCGUUACGAGAAUCUUCACGAUUAUUCAUGGAAAGCCAUGGACAAAAUUUAAACUCCCUUCGCUCUAUGACGUUGGAUGGGUCACAAUCGCCCCCGUUACGUCAUAAUGGUUUCCAAGGAGUAUCGAAACGAAGAGAAGCAAACGCGAGGGAACGACUUAGGGUUCGAAACCUUAACUCUGGAUUCGCAAAAUUGAGACGGAUUUUACCAACAGUUCCACCGAAUCGUAAACCAAGCAAAGUCGACACUUUACAAGGAGCCAUAGAUUAUAUUCACCAAUUAGAACAGCUGCUCGAAGCGACGGGAGGAAUACCAGACAUCGGGGUUUGUUCUGCGGGAAAUAACCACCCACAUUCCCGCCAGUCAGUCACCGAAAGCCCCUUCUUCCCUGUCACUGACCUCAACCCUGCUAUUUCGUCACGCUUAUCGCAACGGCGGAAACGGUUUGCGUUAAACACAGAGGAAGACGCCACAAUGACCGAAGAAAAAUUAUCUGAAACGGCUGCGGAAAACGUUUCUCUACACCGGUACUUCCCCUACGUACACGAGCCUGCACCGAACUGUAAGGAAAAUCGAGAUUAUGCGGAACAAACAGCUGAAAGUGCAAACGUCACCAACAGAGAAUUCUACCAUUCUGAAAGUACAGCCGAACCUAGCGUGUACUUUCCUACCUCGCUACCAAGUUGGGAAUUUUCUCCUCUUUACAAAUAUUCCUCCAACGAUCCUUUGCCGCUAUGUGGCGGUAUUGAGACUACGACUCAACCAAACCCAAUAACAGUUUAAAUAACAUAACAUGUUGUUUCGUUUACCUCUUCGAAAACGAUGGAAAAGAUCAUGUUCAUUAAAUAACCAAAAAAAGGGUAUCAACAAAAAAAAGGUAUUUUUAGUGAUCAAAAAUCAAGAGCAACACACCCUUUUUAUUAGACUCUAUACGUAAAUUGCACCAAAUGCCCACGAGUAACCAACACGUAACUCUAUGCUGUAUUUUCUUUGCUGGUUGAUAUGUUGAGCCAUACAUAAACGGCGUUUGGUGACUUUCUUUCCUACGCACAUGUUUAUUAUAAUACGCCUUGGUGUAAUUGUCCAACUCUCUGGCAUUAACCCAAUGGCCCUGUAAGCCCGCAUGUAUAGGACAUACUCCGAUAAAACGGCAAGAGAGGUCGUCGAUAUUCAAAGUUUGUAUCGACUUUACUAUCUUUGGAAAGUUUCCGAUCCCGUAUUGAUUUAACUGCUACGUUUUCUAAAGCAAUGAUUUGUUUUAGUUCAUAACGUGUUCCUUAUACAUGCAGUAACCGUAUUUAACACAAAACACUUUGCUAAAAUUAAUCGUCUCUUUUCAAACCAACACAGUUAAAAUGGCGGCAGUAUAGCAGGAACUCAAACAGAAAGAUCAAAUUUCGUUCGGUCUCCGGUUUUUACACAGAGGCAUCAACCGAAACGUGUCUUCCGCAGCCACUUCAUGUUACUCACGUGACUGUUGUAGGUUCAUUCAUGCGUGACAUGUGACGUAAUGUAAAAAAAACUCGUAACCUGGUACGAGGUGUAUGAAACAAAAACCGUGUUUUUCGAC